AUGCCUCACUCCAGAAGGUGCCGCUCUUCAGAACGCAGCAGCCGGGGCAGCCGGGGCAGCUAUCACGAACGUUACAGAAGCCGCAAGCACAAGAGGAGGCGGAGUUGCUCACGGUCGAGCAGCAGCGACCGGCAACACCGCAGGGAAGACAGCUACCACGUCCGGUCCCGGAGCCACGAUGACCACUCGUCCGACCGGCGGUACUGCGACGGCUACCGGCGAGACGGCUACAGUCGCGAGCGCGGCGAAGCAUACUACGAGGCCGAGUACCAGCACUCCUACGAGUACCAGCACUCCCGGGACAGGGACUGCAGCUACCGCAGCUGCAAGAGCAGCCGGCGGAAGCGCCGGCGGAGACGCCGUCGCACCCGCUCCUACAGCCGCUCUUCAUCGCGGAGUCAGCAGAGCAGCCGGAGGGCCAAGAGCGUGGAAGACGACGACGAAGGCCACCUCGUCUAUCGCAUCGGCGACUGGCUCCAAGAAAGAUACGAGAUCAUCAGCACCCUUGGAGAGGGCACCUUUGGCAGAGUGGUGCAGUGCAUUGACCACCGCAGGGGUAACACCCGUGUGGCUUUAAAAAUAAUCAAGAACGUGGAGAAGUACAAAGAGGCCGCUCGGCUGGAGAUCAACGUGCUGGAGAAGAUCAACGAGAAGGAUCCGGACAACAAGAACUUGUGCGUGCAGAUGUACGACUGGUUCGACUACCACGGGCACAUGUGCCUGUCCUUCGAGCUCCUGGGCCUCAGCACCUUCGACUUCCUGAAGGACAACAACUACCUGCCUUACCCCAUCCACCAGAUCCGGCACAUGGGCUACCAAGUGUGCCAGGCGGUGAAAGUUCUGCAUGAAAACAAGCUCACGCAUACGGACCUCAAACCUGAAAACAUCCUCUUUGUCAGCUCGGAUUACGAGAUGACCUACAACCUGGAAAAGAAGCGAGACGAGCGAUGUGUCAAGAACACGGCCGUCCGGGUGGUCGAUUUCGGCAGCGCCACCUUCGACCACGAGCACCACAGCACGAUCGUCUCCACGCGGCACUACCGGGCGCCGGAGGUUAUUCUAGAGCUCGGCUGGGCGCAGCCGUGUGACGUCUGGAGCAUCGGCUGUAUCAUCUUCGAGUAUUACAUGGGCUUCACUUUGUUCCAGACCCACGACAACCGCGAGCACCUGGCCAUGAUGGAGCGGAUCUUAGGACCGAUCCCAUCCCGCAUGACCCGGAAGACCAGGAAGCAGAAAUACUUCUACCACGGCCGGCUAGACUGGGACGAAAACACCUCCGCUGGGCGCUACGUGCGGGAAAACUGUAAGCCCCUUCGGAGGUACCUGGCGUCCGAGACGGAGGAGCACCACCAGCUCUUCGACCUCAUCGAGGGCCUGUUGGAAUACGAGCCGGCCAAGCGGCUCACGUUGGCCGAGGCCCUGAAGCACCCGUUCUUCGACCCCCUCAAGCUCCAGCCGGUCCCCAAGGCCUGGGACGCCAGUCGGGACAUCAGCCGGUGACCGGCCUGGACGCGGCCCUCGGGCCUCUUCCGUCUCCUCGUUUCCCCGGACGUUUGGCCCCUGUGGAGGCCCCUGCGACUUAACAAUCGUGCAUUUUUGGUGCUCUUUUAAAAGAAAUGAAAGUUAAUACAGAGGAGUUCCUGCCGUGACUUUGCCCCUUCUGUAAUCAUCAUGUAAAGCUUGUUAAUAUGUGAGAUAGUCUGUAUAUAUAACACCCAGCGGAUCCUGCGGGGUUCCUGUCUUCCCCCCUCCCCAAGUCCUGUAAAUGGGAAUCUCUCGGUCUCACCCCCCCUGCCCCCGAUUCUGCUGUACAGACCCCCUAGUCUUUGCGUCCUGUCCC